AUGAGCUCAGUGUAUCCCUUGGCUCCUGCUUCUGCCCGCGGCUGCAGUAACAGCAGCAGCAGCAAGGCAGGGGCACCAUCAGCCGCUGGAAAUGAUGAGGAGCCGCUAGUUGUUGUUCGGCGAGAUUUUCACUCCGCAGAGGCCAGACGUCGCUCGCGCCCUCCCUCAUUCUUUGGUCAGAGGAAUUUGGGCGAGUUUGGAUCAUUCGUAUACCUUGUAAAUCAGAUUUUCGGAGCAAGCCUUGUGGCUGUCCCCUUGGUUUUCAAGAGCGCCGGCUUGCUGCCAGCUACAGCAGCAAAUAUAUUCGUCUGCUGCAGCAGCGCUAUUGCCUCUCUCAUGCUGCUAAGAUGCAUGCAGCUAGUCCACGGAAACAGCUGCUUUCAAAAACGAAUUGAAUACGCGGCAUGCUUUGAAGUGUAUCCUCAGUUCCGUAUACGAUUUUAUGACGUGGCCGAAUAUGCGGCAUUUUCUGGAUUGUCUCUUCCGUGGUGUGGCACCGGCGGGGGCCCUGUCGAGACAGCAGCAGAAGUCUUAGCGUCUGCAGAGAUCAGCAUAACUUGUGGAUAUUUGCUGUGUGCUGCCUGCUGCAUUCCUCUGUCGAGCAGCAGCAUGGAAGAGAAUAUGACGAUCCAAUAUGCAUCUUUUUUCUUCCUCAUGCUGUCGAUUGCCGUGAUGACAGCGGCAGCUGGUUACAGGAUCAUCGCCUAUGCGGCAGACGCCCCUGCUGCUGCUGCCACUGCUGCUGCUGCUGCUGCUGCUGCUGCUGCACCUCCUUUAGAAGACAGUGUUGGGUGGAUGCAGCAGGCCGUUAAAUUGACAGCUUCUGCAGCUCCUGGAAUUCUCCCGCACGGCCUCGCUGCCGGUGCAGCAGUCUCAGCGAUUGCGUCGACUCUGCCAAGUGCGCUGUACAGACACCCCUCUGCAGAAGCAGCAGAGGCAGCAGCAGCAGAGGCAGCAGCAGCAGAGGCAGCAGCAGCAGAGGCAUCGAGCACAGCUGCCUCUUUUGCCAAGCCAUGGGAUGAUGUUGUGGAGUCUCUCGUAUACCAAGACACCAAGGCGUUUCUGUCGCAACAAGAGAUGGUGUCAAGCGUUCCAAACAACAGCCAGGCAGGCGUGCUGCACCCGCUUUUACGGAAGGGUGGCUUUGCAGCAAGUCGUAGCAAAAGCAGUACGCGAGAGAGCAGCCGCGCCAACGGCAGUAGCAGCGUCGGGAGCGAGGGGAACGAGCAUGGCAUGCGCAGCAAGCACGACAGCGAAGGCAGCCAGAGGAAGCUGCUUCCUCGUGACACAGAUAAAGAAGACGCGUCAAUGGAGAACCAUUCGAGAACCAACAGCUCACAGGAGACGGGCAGAGAGGAGUAUCAAGAAGGCCUGCAAUCAGCGCCUCCUUCUUUGCCCUCCUUGUGGGGAACACAAAAUCUUGUGCAGGUCCUCUCCACCUUCAUCGCUAGCUACUCCUAUGUGACUGUUAUUCCUUGCUGGGCAAACGAAAUGAAGCUCGAUGUGCAGAUUGAAAGGGCUGUAUGGACAAGCACAACCUUCUGUGGCGUUACCUACUUCUUAUUCGGGCUUGUUCUAGCCGCCGCAUACCCCGCUGUAGCGUCGGAUAAUAUUCUGCAGGAGAUGCUUCUUUCAAGCGACACUCCCCUCUUCGCUCAGAUAGCGAUUUUCGCCUUUGAUCUCUUCACCAUCCUUCCUGGAAUUUUGGUGUACUGCAUUGCAACGCGGUACAAUUUAGUGAACAGCGGAGUUUGUGGGAAGCGUCAGGCCUUCUGGAUUGGAGCUGUUGCGCCAUUUCUUUCGUCGUGGACUCUAAUGAAUGCGCAGUCCACCGCAGGUGUUCUAACAUGGACUUCCUUAUUCUUCUCGUUGGUUUGCAAUUUUGUCGCGCCGUUUGCCAUUUAUCUGCGAGCGUGUCAGAAGCUCCCAUGCGAGGAUCCCGGGGAGAAGCAAGUGGUUAUCUUCAGCCCGAAUAUCCGGCAUAACGUGCAAGGAGAAUUGCGAGACCCCGACGCAGUCCGGCUGUCUCUACUGCAGUGGCUGCAAGCCAAGUUUAAGGACGAAAGUGUUGCACGGGAGGCUGAUCCGCAGUUGCUGCAUUUGUUGCUGCAACCCUCGGCGGCAGCAGCUGCGGAGCACCACACGUACAGCACGCCUGCAAGCGAGCAGCGGCAGAAACUUACGCAGCAGGAAGCAGCGACAACGGCCAUCGCUGCGGCUGCCUUGCAGCUCCAGGAGCCAGGCCUUAGCAAAACCUUCAGUCGAAUACUCGGAAGAAAGCAGUCGUACCAUGCGGACUCCACACUGCACACUCCGGAGCAACAGACACUCUUGGCAGCCGAGUUGGGAGCCGCAGCAGCAGCUGGCGAUGUAUCCGCUGGUAGUUCUUUGCAGCACCGCCUUCUGCAUAAACCUGAGAAAAGCGACGAAGACACCGUCAACGAGUCCGAAGUUGCCGAUCUUACCACAGAUUUAGACGAUGUUGCCGCUUCGCUCGCAGUCCAGAAACAUUUGCCAGAUUUGCUGCUGCGGCAAGCGGAUAAGAUUGAUCGAAAUGUCUGGCUCGCGGAUCUCCCCUCCCUUCUCAGCACUUCGCCUCCCCCAGAAUCGCGGCGUCUGCGCCAUCCCAAGCCUAUGACAGGCCCCCUUGAGCGGGGAGAAGAACAUGCAGCAGCCAACGGCGCUGAGUUUCCGCUGAGGGGGGAUCCUCUCAGCGUCGAAGCGAGAAGUUUGCGUUCUUCGACGGCCGAGGAAAUCAGCAGAGCGCAUCCUUUUUAUAAGUCGGUUGAAGGCGUGCACGUGAGAGACGUGUCUGCAAGCAACGCCGCCGAUGAUGGCGGCGAGGAUGGCACCUUGACUAAGGACCUUCUUCAGCGCAGCAGCAGUAGUAGUAGCAGUAGUAGCAGUAGUAGCGGCAUGCUCCGCAGCGGGAGUAUUCCCUUUGACAGUUUCUGGAUGCAUUCUAAUACAUAUCCCCGCAGCAGCAGCAGCAGCAGUUCGCAGUUCUUCCCCCGACUGUCUGCGCCUGCCGGGGGAUCUGUGGGGCCUUCUCUUGGUGGGCACCUCCACAAAGGGAGAAAACUGCUGGAAGUCGAUUCGAGUGAACUGUCUCUUGGGCUAGGCAGGAGAGGCACCGACUUAGUCCGACGGAUGCGCAGCAACAGCAGUUUGAAUGCAGAUGCAACCUCUGCAGAGAGAGGAGCCGCUGCUGCUGUGGACGAAGUCGAAGCAGCCACGCUGCUGCUGCGGCAGAUCAAAGAGGCACAGCAUGUCGGAAAUGACCACCUGCCGGAAGGGCUGCUGCCUCGCUUACGACAUUCCGAGACGCUGAGAAACAUCGGCAGCUUCAUGCUGCAUCCGCUUAGCCGGCUUUCCACUUGUGAGCCUCGUCAUAUUAUGGGGCAAAGCGGCCUCGUUGUUGUUGUUGCUGCAGCGCCUGCCGGAAUCGAGACGACUACAAGUCCUUCAUGGGGUGUACUGCCGAGUUUCGCUCACCAGCAGGCGCAAGAGCAGCAGCGAGCACGGCGACACAGCUGCUUUGAAAAAGCCCAAUCAUCGCCGAAGGUAGAAGACUUGCGAGCGAGUAGUACUCCGGCCGAGAAGCUGGCGCACAGCACUUGUCUGAGCAACCCCUGCAAUGGAGUCUUGAGUCCUUCCGCUGUCUCAGAGAGCGGCACGCCCAACGCCUCCCCCGUCAUUCAUUUUCAGGAGAUACAAGAAGAUCAGAGGCAGCGCCAUCAGAAUGGCCGCCUUGCUCAUGGAAGACGCAAGCUCAAGACAGCCGCAUACCUCCCGAAGAAAGGCCAACCAGGAGCAUCCUGCCCCCCAGCUGCGCCAGCACCAGCGGCAGCAUCACCCGAGCCAGGAGAUUCGGCAGAAGCCGCAUUCGCGUACAGAGACAUUGACCACGGAGACUCUCACCCGAUGGAAGCCCUCCCCACUAUCCAGGUAGGUAGGAACUGCCCUUCCAGAGAGGAGGGUUGGCUAGCCGCGGAGGGGAAGGGAAGCAGCGGCGGCGGCUCUUACGGUAGAGGCACAUGCAUUAGAGUAGGGCGAAUAGGGAGAGCUGAAACUGUAGGGAGAGCGUGUAUUUUAGAGGGAACUGGCGGGGAGGGAGGAGAAUUGCCCAUAGGCUCUAGAGGAACGGGGGCAGGAACCACGCUGAAACAGAGCAAGAACAGGAAGAGACUGAUGGAGCCGGCAGGAGAGGAAGCAUCAGAAGACUGUGGGUGA